AUGAACUUUCGGGCCGGUGAUAUGGGCCCAAACGCCGGCCCAGAGACCUGGCUUAGGUCUGCCGGUCGGGUUCCCCGGAUCUCAGGCCGCUGGGACGGUGAAAACCGGUCAGUGGGUUUGGACUACCGAACAGAGGCCCCCACUAUGGGAUCCGUUUCAACUAUGAUCUCUUACGGUUUAUGGGGCAUGUACUUCAAGUACGGGCUCUUAGGGUUAGGACCUAUCAGAGCUGUGCCAGAUGCUGCCACACUGCUGGUAGGCUCUUGGAUCGUUAGUCAUGCCUUCCCCCAAAGCCAAUCAUGGAGAAUGUUUCGAUAUUCGAGUACGGGCAAGCCGUGCUUCAGUGUUAAGAAAGGGGAUGAUUGCGAUAAGAAAUUUUGCCCCAGCGCUAGCAACGUCCCAAGGAUAUGCAUCCCUGAGGUGGACAAGGAAGACGAUCCAGGAAAUUUUUAUGACGCCUGGCCUGGGGCAACAGCCUCUGCAUGCCGCCGGGGACCUAUCCUCUUCGACGACAAGAGCCAGACGGUGUUGGGAUUCAAUAAUAAUGCCCAGGGUGGUGCUUUGCAAGAUCUCGUUUGCUUGCCACUGGAGCUACGGAGUAGAGCUAGAGCUGAAAGUCUCCUGCGUGUUCCUGUUGACCGCCCACCUUCCAUGCCCUUCCCCAUGUCCCAGUUGCCCAAGAGAUCCAAGAAGGGCUCAAGACUCGAGAGUGCUCACGAUCCAAAGAUGUGGUCGAACUCCAGCUUCCGAGACGAUUCCUCCUCGUCGCAUUCGCAGUCGCAGUCGCAAUUGUUUCCCUCAGACCAGGAGCAGGUCAGACGACCAGACCUUGAAUUCGAUCCAUACUCCACGGCGCCCGGUGUUGUAUUUGGACAUAGCUCGCAGUCGCAGUUGCAGGGCCGGGUUGGAGGAGGGCUUGGAUACCAGAGUGCGCCGGCAUCUGCCAUUAUCAAGACGGAAUCCCCCGUCGACCAGGACGGCGGGUCAUCAUAUGCGACUAUAACGGCCAUACCACCAGUGAUGCCCGGAAAGAGAACUGCGUCUGGCGAACCAACUGGCAAUGGCAAUGCUACACCGGUGAAGCAGCCUCGGGCAGAGCGUCCCGAGGAGUUUUCCAGCGUUGUCAAGAAGAAGCUGCAGUCCUCAACGCGAACUGGCCAGGCCUGUGAUCGAUGCAAGGUACGGAAAAUACGAUGCGAUGGGCUCCCAGGAGGAUGUUCUCCAUGCCUGCAGAACAAUAGCGAAUGUCGAACCACCGAUCGCAUCACUGGUAGGGCAACGUCGCGAGGUUAUGUCGAGGGCAUCGAACAGCAAAAUCGCGACUUGCAGCAGCGGGUCCGCGAAUUGGAACAGCAAUUGACGAAUAGAUAUCAUGAUACGGGACCUGGAUUUGGAUACUCUCAAGCAGCGAGCACCCAAGCUCCGGCUUGGGGCUCAGCAGCUUCGACCUUCACUGCGCAACCUGCAAGUUCCUUGGCUAAAAGCCUGUCAGAGACGGACUUACUUCGGCCACUGCCAGCUUUCCGUGCUGGGUUUCCAGGCGAUAAUUACUUGGGCGUUUCGGAAGGUCUCUCGAAUUUGAGCUCUAUCAAGGGGACAUCGCUCUCGAUUUUAGGCAUGGAGAUUGAUAUUGCAGACUUCGAAUCCCCGGAUAUGGACGAACCAGACCCUUCCAUUUUCCAUCCCCAGUUAUACAACAAGUCAUACCAAGCGCUUUUGCAAUCCGCACUGAAUAUCAACCCUAGACUGGACAAGGUGGAAUUGCCAGCGAAAGACCAGGCCAUCACCUACGCGGAGUGGUUUUUCCGUCUAAUCAAUCCGUAUUUACCAAUGCUUCAUAAACCUUCCUUCAUGGCCAUAUUAAAUCGUUUCUAUGGCGAUCCGACCUUCCGACCCAAACCAUCAGAGAUUGUGAUCGUUCAUAUGGUCUUGGCCAUUAUGAUGUUUCAAUACGCUGUCCGUAAUCAUGAGGAUCCAGCCCAUCACACCGUCCAAGACGUCCAAGCGUUGACUCUGAUCUGCUCACAUCUACGCAACUUUCCAAAACCUGGAGCUAGUUGGAUCUUAACUCAGACUACAAUGUCACUCGCUGUCGAGAUUGGUCUACAUCGAUCAGCAACAAGCUGGGUCUCCAAUGUUGCCCAGAACGCUCUCGACAUUGAUAUGCGGAAGCGAACCUUUUGGUCGUUACUCGUGAUACAUGUUGGGCUCAGCGGGAAACUUGGUCGCCCGCUAGCACUCAGGAUGGAAGAUAUCGAUGUGGAAAUGCCCGAAGAUGUUGAUGAUGAGCUACUAUCGGAGAAUGGGUUAGACACAUCCAGGCCAGGGAAAUGUCUUCAUAAAAUCGGACUUCAAGCCAUUCGCUUGAUCCCGCUCUUUGUGGAGAUGUAUAGUACAAUUUAUGCCAUUCGCCGCCAGCCUGAGAAGUAUAUAUCAACGGUCAAUUUGCUCGAAGCGAAGCUACGUGCUUGGAAAGACUCGUUUCCACCCGAACUCGUCAGAGGAGAGUCAGGCCAGGAUGAACAGGAAGGGCGAGUGUUUGCUCUCUAUGCGCAGGCAUGGGCGUAUGAAUUCCGCUUGCUGCUACGACACCCUUCUAUCUCGAUGACGGAUGAUGCCCAGUUCAAUGCUGAAAGCAUGAGGAUAUGCGUCGAAUCAUCUCGUGGGCUGCUCGGUGUUGUGCGGCAGCUGCAGAAACUCAAAAGUCUCGAUACUACUUGGGGCAACUGUGCUGUCUACGUGAUGGCGAUAACCACGGUGCUUUUCGCCCAGUGGCCCAAGAGGACCCAAAUAUCGCCAGCGGAUUUGUUGGCGUUAAGGGAAGAGAUGGACAUGUGGCUGGAUAUCAUGGGCGAUAUAGGCGCGUUAUUGGGCUCGAGAACGCGUCUUCGAGAAGCUGUCCGGGUAGUAACUGAUGGAACCCUCAGUCUGCUAAGCCGGGGCGCUCGAACCAAAGGCGGACUGAAGCAAAUUGGCGCACCCGAUAAUUCCAACUCUCCAACUGACCAAUCUGUGUUAAACCCUAAUAACGCAUACUCCAAACCGCUGCCUUACAAUUUCGGCAAGAAUCCCGCAACAAGUAGAGAGGCUACUGCCACGACAAAUUACGCCCCGACUGAAAACCCACUUACCCAUCAACAAACACGUUAUCCCACAGCAACACAAUACUCAACAUACCCCGAAACAGUGCCACCCCCAUCAAGUCUAUACGCACCACAUGACAAUCACUCUUUCCCGCCGUUCGCCGCCUCGGCCGACGAAGCCCCUCUCCUGGCAGCUUUCGCCCAACAAGCGCCCCAAAUCCCACCUGAAACGUGGCAAAAGCGCGACCCUCACACUCCCUAUUCCGGUUCACAAGCCUGGCAGCAAUGGGCGAACACCAUGGCGGGCUCUCUUGAACCCCAAGAUUGUUAUUCAGCAAGUGCGUUGAUGCAGCUUGGGGGGAAUACCCAGGGAGAUGCGCCGCCAUCGAGUUCUGCGCUGCGAUCUGAUAUAAACACGAAUGCCCCAAGUGUGAUUGACCAUGGGCAAUUAGGUGGCCAUAUUCCUGGAGAUAUGAGUUCGCAUUGGCCUCUAAAUAUAUUUGAUGUUGGGCAUGCGGGGCCAAGUUCAUAA